UUUUGCUACCAACAUCUGUGACUCGUGAGUGUAUGUGUGCAUUGUGCAAGACAAGUGUAUAAAUGAUAAUAAUAAAAAACUUGGUUAGUUAAAGUUGAAGUGGGCUCCAGUUCCAGUAUUUAUUUUUGUUUUCGAAUCUAUCGCCGAAUUUAUUCAAUGAAAUUUAUGUUCUACUAAAUCGUGAAAUAUAUUAUUGCAAAAUUCUGUAUCCGAAUACAGUGGUUCGCAGUGCAGACGAUAUCUCAAGAUUGCAGGUGCACUCAUUCUCAUUUACCGUUGCAGAUAAAUGCAUCACUUUUAUUUGCAUUUUUUGGGUUAGACUGGUUCAGGUUACUCUUUGUUCAGUGUUUCAAGUUAUCUCGGCACUUGUUCGUAAAUUUUUUUACAAAAUGAUUGAUUUUAUUUAAAAUGUCCAACUUUGAUCUCUUGAUGUGAUCUUUUGCAACAAGUAGAAAAUGCGAUUGCAUUAGUUAAUUUUCUUUAGUAUGGGAUUUGAUGUAACAAGAUUUGAAGGAGAGGUUGACGAAGAACUUGUUUGUCCGAUAUGUUCGGGUGUAUUAGAAGAUCCAUUGCAGGCUCCCACUUGCGAGCAUGCAUUUUGCAGAGCUUGCAUUAUUGAGUGGAUCUCGCGUCAGCCCACUUGUCCGAUUGAUAGGCAGACAAUCACAUCUGCUCAACUUAGGCCUGUACCUAGAAUUUUAAGAAAUCUUCUCUCUAGGCUGUGCAUUGUAUGCGACAACGCAUCCUAUGGUUGUUCAGCGAUGAUAAAGUUGGACUCUCUAGCCACCCACCUAGCCGAAUGUGAACACAACCCUAAGCGACCAGUGCCUUGCGAGCAGGGCUGUGGACUCAUUAUUCCAAUGGAUGAACUGAAAGAUCAUAACUGUGUUAGAGAAAUGCGGUCUGUAAUACACACACAACAACAGAAAAUGGCCGACUUCCAGAAAGAAUUGGCCGAAUGUAGAUUCACAAUAACCGAACUGAAGAGAGAAGUUCACUUAGUAAAGGAGUUUAUGCGAGCGAUGCGGGUAUCGAACCCUGCCAUGCGAUCGCUUGCCGAUGAGAUGGAGCGAGACGAAGUGAUGCAGUGGUCCAACUCUCUCACUCGGGCACGUGUCACGCGGUGGGGUGGCAUGAUAUCCACGCCUGAUGAUCUGCUACAGGCGAUGAUCAAGCGUUCGCUGCGCGACUCGGGCUGUCCGCUGACGAUUGUCGACGAGCUAAUGGAGAACUGCCACGAGCGUAGCUGGCCGGCCGGACUCAACUCGCUGGAGACCCGGCAGAACAACCGACGUCACUACGAGAACUACACCUGCAAGCGCAUCCCCGGCAAGCAGGCAGUGGUCGUGUUAGCCUGCGACAACCCGCACGUAAACGAGGACAUGAUGGCCGAGCCCGGCCUUGUCAUGAUAUUCGCGCACGGCGUCGAGUGAAUUCAACAAACUCCAUUUUGUAGGUUCAUUCAAAUUCGUUGUGGUAACUGUGCUACGCAUAGAAUUCUGUAUGUGCAGUGAAUUCAACGUCGCUACAAACUCGACUCAAUAGGUUCAUCCAAAUUAGUUGUGGUCACUGUGCUACGCAUAGAAUUCUCUAUAUGCAGUGAAUUCAACAAACUCGAUUCAAUAGGUUUAUUCAAAUUCAUUGUGGUUACUGUGCCACGAAAUUCGUAUCGUUACAUACGCGAAUCAACAGGCUUUGUUCAAAAUAGUUGUGAUUACUGAGCUACUCAUUUUGUAUCGUCUAGAAAAACUGAAUUAAAAAUAGAUUUCUUUUCAAAAUCGUAUGACGAGUGAAUGAAUUCAAAGUAGUUACAAACUGGAUUAAAUAAGAUCAUUGAAAUUCGUUAUGUUGCGUGAAUUCAACGUCGUUACAAACUGGAUUAAAUAGUUUGUUCAAAUUCAUUAUUGUGGUUUCUGUGCUACACAUUUUGUACCGUCUAGAAAAACUUAUUAAAAGUGGAUUUCUUUUCAAAAUCGUGUGACGAACUGGAUUCCGUAGGUUUAUUCAAAUUCAUUGUGUUGAGUGAAUUUAACCAUAGAGAAAAUAAUAGUGUUGUAUUUUCUCUGUGAUUCAACAUCGUCACAAACUCGAUUCAAUAAGUUUGUUCAAUAAAUUUGUUGAGGUUUCUGUGCUGCGAAUUUCGUAUCAUCUUGAAACUGAAUUAAAAAUAGAGCUAUUUUCAAAUCCGUAUGUGGAGUGAAUGUGAUUUAUGAGGAGAAAAAAAUCUGCAAGAGACUUCACUUAAAUUACUGCGAAUGUGAUUUAAGAAGAGACAAAAACUUCGUGUGAUAAUUUGAUUUGGUUCACCUAAGCCUUGUGAUGUCGUUGAAAAUGGAUGAUGAUAGUCUUUACAAAUUUAAUAGAAAUAUAUUUUCAUCCUAAAUAACUUGUGACGUCGUUAAAAUACUGUUUAUAGGUUCUUUCAAAUUCAUUUUGGUUUCUGUGCUACGUGUUUUGCACUGGCAUUUAAAAAAGCGGGGCUUUGUUUAAAGCUAGAUUUCAAUAGUGUUCUUCAAAUUUUGUUAACGAUCAAAUUCGGUUUCUAAGUAGUGAAUUGUGUAGUGAAAAACUGGAUUUCUAUAGGUUCUUUAAAAUUCGUUGUACAAUGCUGUAAUAUUUAUUUUGUGUUGUAGAAAAACUGAAAAUCUUAGCGUCUUUAAUCAACUAUGUUUCAUUCACCAUGUUUUUGUUGAAAACUAAGUUUAAUAAAAUCCAUUGUGUGGUAGCUGUGCUACACUGAGCAAAAUAAUGAUAACUGUUUAAAUAUGUUAUUUUCAUUGUAGAUCGAAUCGGCAUAAAAUCCUAGUAAUAUCGUUGAAACUACUUUUAAUUGAAGCUUUUUUUACAUUUUGUAUUGGUUACCAUUACGUAUUUUUUCGUUCUUUAAAUCUAAAAGAUUUAUGAUUUUUGUGUUAUUCAAAACUGGGUUCAAUCGACUUUUCAAAUUACGUCGUGAUUAAAUCAUUGUAAUGAAGUUUUAUGACUGAGCUGGAAAUAAUUUCAUGAUACUCUGACAUGAUUACAGUGAAUGAAUAAAAUCGUGAUAAAACUUUUAGCUUCGAUAAAAAAACUUGUUUUUAAUCUAUUUUUCAAUUUCGUCAUUGUUCCUGUCCUACGUUUAAUCAAAUCUUUGUUGAAACCCGAAUUUCAAUCAUCUUAGAAACGUGUAACUUAUAUUUUGAAGAAACUGAUGUAAGUACCUAAGUCUGUUUUUUUGUUUUAAAUUUAAUUCUGAAUUCCUGACAGCUAUUAUAUUUUUGCGAGGUGUAGAAUGAUUGAAUCAAAUUGUGAUAAAUAACUUGUAUCGUUGAAAAACUGUUUUUUUAGAUUUCAAAUUGUGUUGAGAAUUUCUGUGCUACCUUUUUUGUAUAAUAUAUUGCAGCUAUUACUAAUAUUGAAUUUCAAUAUUUUAAAAAUGACGUAUUUUAAGGGAGCUUCAAAACAUUUUUGUAUACUACUAAAUUUUAAACAAUAUAUAGAACAUCUUUAAAAAACAAAAUUAAAUUUGAUCAAAGUAUUAGAUCGAUGAAAAAAUUGGCAAAUAUGCAUGGUUGAUAUUUCUCUAUUCUCGUUAAAAAAGUGCAUCAUCUAACUACAAAUUAAAUACAAUGAAAGUUUGUGCUAAAGACUGAAAAAACGUCUGUGAGUUCUAGAUACUCAUGAUAAAUUGGAAGAAAUUAUAAAAAUCUUGGUUCUUUGAAAAUAGGAUUUUAAUCUCAUUUUAAUCCCAUUGUUGCUAUAAAUGUAGGCGUACUUCGUUAAUUUCUAAUUUCCUACAUUUUUAUAAAAAAAACUUUCUUUUAUGGCCAUAUUUUAUACAGUAUUCUACGGAAUGUCCUAUCCAAGUUAGCUUGAGGAAACGAUCAGUACGAUUCUAACAGUUGGUUUAUUUAAGAUUUCUGAUUGGUUAAAAGGGAAAAGCUUGCUCUACUAAACAGUUUUUGAAAUUGUUUAUAAAAAACGGCCCUUAGUAAGCCUGGUCUGACCUUUUCUAGAUAGAAGACAGCCAACUCAAGAUAAGUUAUGAUAAUAACUUAUUUUUAUAUCAAUUUUAAUAUUUCUUCUUAAUCCCCUAUUCUGCACAAAUAGACUCUUAAAUUGUGAUAAACUGGAUGGAUUUUAAUGUGUUUUUAUUUUUAUUGUUCAUAAGCUCUUGUUAAUUGUGAUAACUGGAUAUUAAUUUUUAUUUUAAUUAUCGCUGUUGAUUUUAAUGCUACGGUUUUUUGUUGUACAUAAAAUUUUGUUAAUUGUGAUAAACUCAAUAUAAAUAAUUCA